GAUGGUGAAGUCGUGCUUCCUAGCAUUCUGUGUCUGUGCACUUGUACUUUUUGUGCAAGUCACUGCAAGAAACAUACCCACUACCACCAUAAGUGACAAGACUCCGCCCACUGUCAAGAUGGCUACUGCCAUCGCACCAAGUGGAGAAGCUGGAGUCAAAGACGAGAAGAACUUUGUUGCAUUCGGUGGUAUGGGCGGUUUUGCUGGUGUUGGUGGAGUUGCCGGUGUGCUUCCAACACUCGGUGGUGUUGGCGGUCCCGGUGGACUUGGUGGUGGAAGUGGGCUUGGUGGGCUGGGUGGUCUUGGUGGUGCUGGUGGUCUUGGUGGGGCAGGUGGCGGCGUUGGUGGUGCAGGUGGCGGCAUUGGUGGUGCUGGUGGCGUUGGUGGUGGCGGUCUUGGUGGACUAGGCGGCCUUGGUGGCGGGGUUGGAGCAGUGAAAGGUGGCGGAAUCGGAGGUGGUAUCAUAGUUCCUUAA